AUGAUACAUCCACCUAUCGCAGGUUCGGGUCCUGAACGUCUCAACCGCCCGCCAGGCUCUCGCCCUCCUCGCGCGCAGAUUGGUCCGAGACCAAAUGGCCCACGGACUCGAGGCUUUUCGACCGAAAAAACAAAAACGGCUCCUUCCUCCGCCGUUUCCCGGUUUCUCGUUUCGGAUCCGGUUGCCAUCGACAGCGCUCCUGCAGUGACCUUUCCAUCGAGACCGUAG